AUGUUUCUUCCCCUUCUUCUUCUAUUUACAGCUGAAACAACACCAACGACAAAAAGGACAGAAAGUCGAGAAGGCAGCGUAGAAAGAAGAGCAGCCAAAGAGCGUGACGAUAAAUUGAAAGUUGCUAGGGACCGUCAAAAUGAAGAAAGACAAAGAAAAAUCGAAGAGCUAAAGGCCCAAGCAGAAGCAGCACAAAGAUAUCGUGAACAAAAAGAGGAGGAACGCCGACGCAGAAUCGAAGAAAUUCGACAAAGGGAUUCGGAAAAGCGUACACAAGUUGAAGAGCGUAAAAAGGCCAUUAUGGAGGCCGAAAAAGAACGUCGUGAAUAUAUUCUGAGGAAAAAUAUGGAACGAGAAUCAAGAAUUGAAGUCAAGAAACGUGAACGAAAUUCUAUAGGUUAUGCUUUUGGUUCCUCAACACCUCGCCUCUUAGAACCCGCUGACUUUGGCAUGGUAUCACCAAGCACAUUCUGGGGACAAAGACGAUCCACUUCAAUAUCAAAUGUUGCAGGUGCUUCACUUUCACGUCGAAGUUCUGAGCGUGAACUUAACGAUUGUGGUUCUAAAAAGCGUGCAACAUCAGCCAGUGGUACAGAGAGACACGAGGGUCAUCGUCGUAGUAGAUCAUCAAUGUAUGAAGUAUUUAACUGGGGCUAUACCAAUGAUGAGCCUCCCAAAAGAUUUUCACUUUCAAUUGUUGGCAGUGAAAUUAACAUAGAUGGCCCACCAUCAUCAUCAUCCAUACAAAGAACAGCGGCACCAUCAGCGAACACAACAAAUAAUAUCAUCAGCGACAACACCAAGAACACAACAGAGAAUACUCAUCUCAAUAAUAAUAACAAUAAUACUCAUCAUUAUAGGCAAUAUUCAAAUCAUAAUAAUUUUUAUACAUCUGCUAAGGAAGAUAAUGUCGAUACAUCACAUAUUGUGUUUCGAAGUGUGGCCAGAAGAAAAACUGACCUUAUGCCAACAAUACCGAGUCCCAGGGAUGGUCAUUACGGUUCCCGAUCAUCAUUAAGUAAUACACCUUCUAGAACACCAGGACGUGCAUAUUCCAUGAAUCGUUUGGAUCAAUUGGCUCAACCAAUUCGCCGCAAUGGUGAACACAUACGAGCCAUUAUGGAACGAGAACGCCGCGAACAAAUGGAAAUGAUGGAUGAAACCGAAUCGCUGGGCGGUGGACGUCGUUCAUCUGGUCGCAAAUCAGCCGGAGGCUCGGGAACGACGACAAGUAAAAUGUCACGGAGUAUGAUACACUUGGCCGGUGAAGGGGCACCACGUCCCAAAUAUAAUUUAGGUGGGGGCAUUUCCACCAGCUUUUUACCAUUGGGUAGCGGCAGUCGCAAUGCCUGUAAGAGUAUGACACAGCUGGGCCAUUAUUGUGGUAAUGAUAAUGUCGCCUGGUCAUAUACAACACCACGCUCGAAUUUAGGCUUACAAACUGCCGCCACCAAAAAAUAUCUACAAUCAUCACUAGCUUCAUCUGCAUCCAACACGUCUAAACGAGGCCAGAACUCUAAUACUAACCUCUACCGUUUCGAUACAGACUCAUUGUUACUCAUGAACUCUCCUAGUUUACUCUUAAACCCAGGUUCCCGUUCUGGUAAUGUUACUCCCGGCGGCCAUGGAAGUUCUUCAAGGCCUGGUAGUGCCAUGUCCACAUCCACUACAAUGUCAACAUCUGGAUUCAUUAAUAGGCGUUCAAUGCCAGCUGCCCGUAAACCUCGUCCAGCCAGUAUUGCCGGUACCGUUGUUUCUUUAGAAGAAAUAAAUAAAAUUAAAAAGGAAAAUAAACCGCCCGUUAAAAAUUCAUCACUUUCACCAUCGACUUCAGCACAAACCACUCCGAAAAGAUCAACGAACAUGAUGUCAACAUCAUUAAUUGUCACAUCAUCAUCCUCGCGUUUAUCUAGUGCCGAGAAGAAGACACCCAUUAAGAGAGAACCUCUAACACCGAAAGCCACAACACCAAAACCGCUUUCCAAAACAGCCAGUUCAGAUCGUCUGCACAAAUUAAACAAGGAAAAAUCAAAGGAUAUUAUGUCCAAGUCGGCCAUAACGCCUCCUGUUAAACCAGCAACAACCAACAGCAACAAAGAUGCUAUUAAGAAUAAAGAACAAAAGGAAGCCACAAAGAGCAAGGAACAAAAAGAAGCAAUCAAUCAAGUAAAAACUGCUGUUGAAAAUUCUACCAAAUCUCAACAGAAUGGCAACGUUGAUGCUGAAACAACCAAAAAUCUAAUUGAUGGUGGCGCAGCGGAUUCUCAGCUGAAUACACCACAUGAAGAAAAAGCCGAUGAAGGCACCGAAAAAGAACCUGAAUUGGAAUCAUCAUCGUCGGUACCACCAAAACCUAAAUCUCGCAGUGGCAGCAAGGAAGGUUCAAUGGUUCGUGAAUUGGCACCAGCCAACGAAAAUGGCGAUUCUAUGACCGCAUCUAUGAUGGCUAAAAGUAAAAUUACCACAGAAGAAGAAGCCAAAGCUGCUUUGGCCGAAAGACGUCGUCUGGCACGUGAAGAAGCCGAAAGGCAGGCCGAAUUGGAGAGGCAAAGGUUAGAAGCAGAACGUUUGGCCGAACUAAAACGGCAAGAAGAGGAAGCAGAACGUCAACGACAAUUUGAAGAGGAAGCAAUGCGUAUGGCCGAAGAGCAGCGUAAGGCUGAAGAAGAACGUUUGCGUCAAGCCAUAGAGGAAGCAAAACAACGCGAAGAAGAGGAAAAACGUAAACGCGAGGAAGAAGAAAAACAGCGUCAAGAACGCGAAGCGGCCGAGAAAAAGGCUCGUGAGGAUGCUGAAAGGCUAAAACUUGAAACGGAGGAACGUCUUAAGCGCGAAGAAAAGGAACGCGAAGAACGACGAAAACGUGUUGAAGCCAUUAUGUCACGUACACGUAGAGGUGGCGCCAAUACGACACCGAACUCCACUCCAACAAAGGAAAAUAACAACUCUCCCAAACCAACAGAGACAGUAGCGCCGACGGCGGCAACAGCUGUUGCUACACCACCACCAUCGUCAGCUGUCCAACAAGCUCAAGUUACACCAAAUUCAAAUAAUGUUGCCACUUCAGAUUCUGCAAACACCACUUCUGUAGCAGCCGCUACAACAGAAGUCAUCAACAGCGGCAGUGACAGUGGAUCGACAUCCGGUUCCAAUACCAGCACCUCGAUUACACCUUCAACGCCAGCAGCAACAACAGCAUCACAACAAUCCGAAGUCCAAACACAACAACAACCACAAGCAGCACAACCAGUAAUUUCUGAACCUCAAAAUACACAAGCGAUGUAUGAGCAGUCAGUUGUCGAUAAAGAGAACUCGCUCAUCAAUAGCUUUUCCAAUAUGAUUAUCGAUGAGAAUGUUAAAAAUAUGCAACAAAAUUUGCAGCAGCAACAACAACUGCAAUCACAACUGGUGGCCGAAGAAACAACAACAAAUGGCAAGCAAAUAUUCGCUGAACAUCAGAAUAACGAUGCUAAUACCACAACAACCACCACCACACAGUCGGUAGCCAAUGGCAAUGGCCAUCACAUAGAAAGUAUUAAUAACAAGAAUGAAAUUGAUCUUUUACAAACGAUUGUACCAUCAACAAAUCAGUUAAUCGAUCUUAGUCUUGAACCACAAGACAAUGUUAAUUUCAAUAACAAUAAUAGUUUAAUAACAACAACAAAUACAACGCUAGUCACUGCAGAUAGUCAUGAAAACAAAGAUAUUUCAUUGCUGUGAGUUUAUGGUUACGGAAAUAAACAACCGAGAUUACUGGAUGUGUAGGUCUAUAAAUAUAUAUAUAUUGCUACAUAAGUACAUAUAUAUGUAAAAACAAAUAUAUUGAAUG